UGCAAUAAAUAUUCCAGUGGUACUGAAGGACAACAGUAAAAUUGGAGCAAGUUUCAUCAGUAUUUUCUGGGGUUUGUUCAUUACUGUGCUGUUAAUACUGUUAAGCCUUCAGGCAAAAGAAGACAACUGUUAGAACAAAAUAUUCAUUUACCCAGAACAAGAAGGUCAUGGAGAUUCAUCAGUCUGCUGUGAUUCUGCUGCUGAUCUUGAGUGUGUCAUCCUUCACUCAUGGUCAACCAGCAGAUAUAAUGCCCCGCUAUAAAAAAUUCCUCAAUCAGCAUGUGGAUCCAUAUAUGACUGUGAAUGAUUGUACCAGUAAAAUCGAAAACCGAGACAUCACUGGAACUGAUAGUGGCUGCAAACCUGUCAACUCCUUCAUAGUAGCAAAUGCAGAUACAAUUAAAGCAGUCUGUGGCAAAGGAGGAACUGCAAUAGGUGGAAAUCUGUUUGAGAGCAACCUACGAUUUUUUGUGGUCAAGUGUACAAUAAAAAAAAAUAGUAAGGGAACUCAAAAGUGUGAAUAUCGUGGGAAUGGUUUCACUCGUAAGAUUGUGUUGGCCUGUCAAAAAGGCUGGCCUGUACAUUAUGAAAGGUAAUGAACAGAUGGCAGGCGGAAAAGAACGUCAGAGCUUUACAAUGUCUUAAUCACUUCUUCAAACCUACUUUUCUGUCUUUUGUUGUUUUUCAAGUACAAAAAAAUAAAUAAAAAUCAGUGAAUCAAUCAUGAAGUCAAAAAUAAAUAUAAUUUAAUACAGGGUAUUAUAAUCCUGGUUUAGGGUCAGGUUGUAACGCAUAUGAAAACAGUUUUCCUUAUUGUUCUUUAUGAUCAAUGCAAAUUACCUCACAAAUAAAUGAAGUAUAACAAUAUAAGCAAUAUAACAGUUAAUAUAGGGGAUAUAAUGUUACAUAUACCUUUUUUCUUCUUUUUCUGUUUUUGGAUAAUGUUGCAUUUAUAUUUUUGAUGAUUUGAAAAAAAAAGCAUUAUUCUGUAUAAUUUUUUGUAUAUGUAACUAUUUUUGUAUGUAGUCUGGUAUGUUAAUGUUAUACACAUAUGGGUUUUUAUGCAAUUGAGGUAUAUGCACUUUUAAAAGGUCUUUUGAGCUUACAAAAUUGGAUGUAAUACAGUAAAAUUAUGUACUAAAUUAUGUAACACUCUUAUUUUAUCACUUUAAUUCUUGAGUAUGGUCUCACAUAUACUCCCAGGAGAGUUCAUUGAACACUGGACUUUUUGUUUAGAUACUGUGUUAACAAUGCUAAUGAUUGAGGAUCUUACCUAAUAAAACAAAAAACAUCCAUGGUCUAAUAUCAGAAUGUACAAAAGGGACUACACAAAGAGUUUAUGUAGCUUACACAAUUUUUAUUUCCUAAAAUAAAAUAAAAAAAAUAAAA